AUGGCGUUGGCAUUAGAAUCAACAUUCGCGCACAAGAACUAUGAGAGCGUCGAAUCAAUUCCUGUGGGUGUAGAGUCCGUAAGUGCCAAAAAGUCAAUGACAGGACAGUGGCCCUGUGUUGGAACAUACUAUCGGCCAAAAGGGCAAGAUCCAGAAGUCGCAUUUAUGCUCACACACUAUUCCGCCGAUUUCUCCAACCAUUACUUAUCGGGACCGUUGGCAUCACGAGGGUUUGGCGUGCUUGGUUAUGGGAUCAGAUUCAGAGCGCUGGAGGAGAAAUUCGUUCUGGACAAGGCAUUAGACGAUAUCGCAGCGGGCAUUAAGUGGCUUUCCAACAAUACAAAAGCGAAAAAACUCAUCUUUAUAGGGAAUUCAGGAGGAGGAUCCUUAAUGGCUGCAUUUCAGGCCACGGCUGAGCAGACAUCGUCUCUGACAGGAGCUGACGCCUUCAUUUUCUUGAACGCUCACCCAGGGAGAGCUGACGCCAUUACUAUGUAUCUCGACCCUUCUGUCAUUGAUGAGUUUGACCCAACCCAUCGUGAUUCGUCACUAGAUAUGUACGACCCUGUCAAUGGGCCUCCCUUCUCUCCGGAGUUCCAAGCAUUGUAUCGAAAUGCUCAAAUUCAACGCAACCAUCGUAUCACCGCAUGGGCAAAGGCAGAGCGUGAGCGGUUGAGAAAAGCUGGGAUUUCUGACCGUAUAUUUUCGGUGGAUCGAACCUUUGCCGAUCUAAGGUUUCUCGAUCGCACCAUCGACCCUUCGGAUCGAAGAAUGAACGUCUGCUUCUACGGAGAGCCAAAAGCCGCAAAUAAUGGUCCCGGCCUUCUUGCCCGCGCGACCACAAUUGAGACUUGGCUCUCAAUGUGGAGUUUGCAGGAAUCAAAAGUCAGAUUCGAGCUCAUUGCUACUGAAUUCACCUUACCCACUCUUGUAGUGCAGAGUACAGGGGAUGUUGGUGUCUUCCCAUCGACUGCCGAAAGUAUCUUCAACAUGGUGGGCUCAAAGAACAAAGAGCUUCGACUCGUACCUGGCGAACACUUUUUUGAGGAUGGCCAGGAGAAUCUCGAGGCUGUGGCUGACCUCAUUGCAGAAUGGACACAAAAGACACUUGGCCUCUAA